AACAUUUUUUUUUUUUUGCAGAACAUUACUUAAUGUCUGCAGUCUCCAAGAAAUCGCAUACGACCGAAACUCUUUUUGCCUCCAGUCAUCUUGAAAACCCAGCUAAAGACCACCAGCAUUUUAGAUUGCUGCUUGAGGAAGCAGGAUCUCAAGGGAGGUCUUUAGCUUGUGAUUUUUUUUUUGGAAGAAACGCCCCACUGGGUUUCCCUCAUUGCAUCACGAAUAUCUAUCUCUAUCUGCAUAUAUAUUUUUUUAUUGACGAGCUAACUUGCAUCUAUUAACACUGGAAGGUAGAAUCAGAUGUUGCAAUGUUUGUAUUAGGUAUUGCACUAAGAAAAUACUUCCAGUUCAGUAACGAGAUCGCUUGUAUUUUUGUAGGGAACAAAUGAGAGGGUGGAGUUUUCUUAGGUACUUAGAAAACCGUGACUCAAAAAGUCGGGGCCGCCCCUCAGAUUCAAGUGCCUUUCGCUACCUGGCGCUGUUGCAAUCAAAGAUCUUUGGUUGCAAUGCUCCAUGCAGUAACAAUUUUAAAAAAAAGGCAACUGCGUAAUACGUCCGAAUGUCGACAUAAGUCAUGGUUUUUAAGCAGAUAAAAAGUUUCGCCACAGUGGAGGAUUCGCGACCGAACGACAAUCAGAUGCAAAACAAGGAAAAGUAGUUUGAAAGACAUUGAAGAAGGAAAGGAGCUGCUGGCUGUGUUAUUUCAAACACCUGGUCGGUUGUCUUUGUACUUUGCUCUUCUCUGUCCGAUUGUACAAGAAGCAAGAAAAAAAACCCAACUGGAAAAUAUUGUUAUUAAGCCGUUUUAAAUAGAAGCAACACGAUGCAGGGAGGACGUGUGGUGGUUCUUGUUGUUUACGUUGCCAUUCUGUGUCCAAUCCAUGUCUUCGUUUUGGCCUUGGUUAAGGAAUUACUUCCCAGGAAAACUAUCUCUUACAAUGAGCUCGAGCAGCUGACAUCAAUGAGGAGCUUUUUCAAGGGUGGGAGAACCUUUACCAGCUUUUUGGUAGACGAAGCACGUAACCGCUUUUACGUGGGAGCCAAUGACGCGGUCUAUGUCCUCAACCUGACUUCUGUUGACUGGGAUCCAUUCAUGAUAGAAUGGAACGUAACAGAAAGUGAACAUGGUUCCUGUUUACGAAAAGGCAAAAGAGAGUGGAAAUGCCACAAUUACAUUCGCAUCAUGGAGGUGUGGAACGAGACGCAUAUCUUUGCCUGUGGAACCUACGCGUUUGAUCCCCACUGCGCAUAUAUCAAGGUGUUUGGUCCUGUGGAUAACACGGAGAACAGAAUCACAGGCGUGGAGAAGGGACGACGAAAAUGUCCGUUUGAGCCAAUGCAACCAUUUGCAGCAACACUCGCAGACGGAGUGCUGUUUUCAGCCACGGCGGUUGAUUUUCAGGGCAAGAAUCGGGCCGUGGUCAAGAGUGUGGGGAAGUUGGAGAUUCGCACAGAGGACUCUGUCAUGUGGCUGAGCGAUGCACAGUUUGUGGCGUCAACGUACAUCAGAGAAGACGGGGGAAGUGGCGACGAUGACAAACUCUACUUCUUCUUCAGUGAGACAGCGCAGGAGUUUGAAUACUACAAGGCCGUGCGGGUUCCCCGAGUGGCUCGCGUUUGCAAGGGAGAUAUUGGUGGCCAGAAGACACUUCAGAAGAAAUGGACGUCCUUCCUGAAAGCUCGUCUGGUGUGCUGUGAUAAAAGCAACGCGAUGUGUUUUGAUGAGAUUCGCGAUGUGUUUACCCUGCAGUUUGACCCAAAUAACGCAUCUUCCACAGUCUUCUACGGGGUUUUCUCCACAAGAUGGGACGACCAGGAUGUCUCCGCGGUGUGUGCUUACGGAAUCAAAGACGUGCAGGCGGCUUUCAAUGGGCAAUACAUGGAGUAUAGAAGGGAUGCUGACAAAUGGAGCGUGUUCCGAGGUGAUAUUCCAGAACCACGGCCUGGCAUGUGCAUCACAGAUCAAUUGAAGAAAAAAGGAUACAACACGACGUUAGACCUUCCGGACAAUGUACUAUUGUUUAUUCGAGAUCAUCUUCUGAUGGCGAAUUCCAUCAAUCCCGUUGGGGGAAAGCCACUGCUAAUCAGGAGAGACACACUGUACACCAAGAUUACUGUCCAGAGAGACGGUCCAAGCAAUGGCCCUGGCUCCGAGGUUUUCUAUUUGGGAACAGAAACCGGACAUUUGCAUAAAGCAGUGAAGAGUGGCUCCAAAGUUCUUGUGGUGGAGGACUAUAUCAUCUUUAAACCUGAUGAGAAAGUCCUGAACAUUGCACUACAGAAGGGAUUUGUCUACAUCGGAUCAUCUACCAGGAUAGUCCAGUUUCCCGCAGUGAACUGCAGCCGGUAUUCCCGCUGUGAUGCCUGUCUCCUGGCGAGGAUUCUAUCAUGUGGCUGGGAUGAGGAGAAGAAGGAAUGUGUUCACGACAGAAGUAGAUUUCUUCCGAGCGUGGAGUCUGACAGUCAACAAGCGAACACCUUGUGCAAAAAUACAAAAGACCAAGCUGUUCCGUUGGUAGUACAAGCGGUGAAGGGGACCACGGUUUUUCUUCAGUGCCGCCCCGGUUCCGCCUGGUCCACGUGUGACUGGGCAAUGUCGAACGGCAACGUGAGCAACGACGUCAACGCGGGAGGCAUUCACAUCACGGCCACGGAGAGCACUGUGGGCGAGUACAAGUGCGCGUGUGUCGAGGAAGGCGUGAGCAUUCUUGAAGCUUUCUACAGCCUGGAGUUUGGGUCCUCGGUUGAUCCCGUGAAGAAUAAUACAAGCUCUGUCAAUUACCUCCUGAUGUUCGCCUUCCUGGCCCUUGGCAUUAUUCUCGGCGUGGUGGCGCACAAGUACGGCCGCCCGUGGUGCAGGAAAAGCUUGGCGUCCAAGGGCAGCCGCAAGAGGGAGUACAAAGACGUGUCGCGGGACACCGCCGCUUACAGUCUGGACACUCCCGACGAAGAUCGGCCCUUGGCCAUCUCCCAGAAGAGUGAUGCGAGUUUAAACGGAACCAGUGAGAAAGAGGCGAUUUAUGUGAACAAGGAGGAGGCAGUGAAUGGAAUGAACAUGGGUUCCCCGAGAAACCACACCAUCUCCAUCAUAUCGUGCCAGGAUGAAACCUCAAUUUAAUGGACCCACAGACGCAAGCUCUUGGCAACACGUGUCCUCAUAGAGUGGCCAAGCAAUUUGCUUCACAGCUAUCUUUUUUAUUGUGUUUGUGGUGUCGCCUUUAAUUCUUCCUGGUAAGAAAGUGUAGAGUUCAGGAUACCCCCACUCCCCGCAGCUGUUGUCACGCCAGCUUCGUGCUUGGCAGAGUCCUUGCCUCCUUCAGUACAACGGGCGGGCUUUGCAACACCGUUUUGUUACACUUGCGCUGUUGAGACAUCGUGAGGGCACUCCGACCCUUAAUUAGACAACCCAAGUCGUUGGCUAUUUUUAACGCCAAAAAAAAUUUGAAAAGAUCUGAUUUUGUGAAUAAAUAUGCCUAGUUUUCUGCAUAACACAAGCCCACUUGGAAGGAUGCUUGGGGGCUGUAUUACCUGGGACAAUGGAGGUAUUGUGUUCUCUGCUGAAUCCAUCUAUCUCAGUCUAGGAUAUCAGUGAGCUAUCUUGACCCUGAGCAAGAAGACUCAAUGUUAACACCACGAUUUCUGCUCCAGUGACCACUGCCUGUCAAAGCAUUGUGACUAAGCUCAAAUGUCCCGUCCCAUCCAACUACAACGAGGGACAUGAUGAAGGGGAGAGGCAGGGAGACUAGCUGGACAACGCUUUCCAAACCCCUGGCACAGGGGCAAAACGCCAAGUGGCUUUCUUCCGCAAUGUAUUGUGCAGAGGAUCAUGACCAAGGUCAUGUUUGAGGAACGGCACCAAUACAGGACUGGCACCUUCUGGCAACAUUAGCAGACGUACAAGACAAAACUGAUCACUGGCGCUCGGUGGGAUUAAACACUGAGGUUGCUGAGAUUGUUUAAAAUAUGUACAAGUUGAUUUUCUGAACAGUCGAUGCAUUCCAUGAUAUUCAAGCUCUCAUAACCCUUUCCACGGAGCAAAUAUUUCUGUUCUGUGACCACUGGGAAUCAUUUCAGCUCUUUGGUGGAUGGGGGGGGGGAAUGUAACGAGCAGGUGGAAGAUGCAUCCAAUUAUUUUGUAAUGUAAUCCAGGAAAGUCACAGAAUUACCACUGCCAGCUUCUCGAUUCUCCACUGUAAACGCCUUUGGAUUUCUUCAGACCACUAGGAGUGCGGACUUGUGCUCCCGCUAUAAGGACUGUAAUGCUGACUCGUGCAACCACUAUAAAUAUACGGCCCACUGGAGUUUUCUUGAGGCGUUGUUCCCAGUUUAGUAUUGGUAUUUAGAGAUUGCUUUGCAAUUGAUGUUUGGAGUUUGAAUAUUUCCCCACCAGGGUAAAUAGCCCAGGGUCAAAAUGUGUAUGGGUGGGUGUGUUCUCUCUUGACAGCUCUAGCCAAGAAAACCAUUGGGUUUUUUUAGGGCCGAACUGCUGUCUUCAGGAUGAUAUUGAGCAAAGCCCUCUCCAUAUAAUGUAUCAGUACAAGGCUCACGCUUUCACUCUGUGCUUCUUUAAGUCAACAACAAAGAAUGCUGGUAAGCGUUUCAAUUGAGAACUGCUACAUUUUUUCAACAAAUCUCUCCAUCCAUAUACCCAAUGUUGGGGACCUAACGAGAAUAACCAAACUGUUAGUCUUCAUCUAAACGAAUUAAUGAAGGAGGAAGGAACUGCAGAUGCUGGUUUAAACCGAAGAUAGACACAAAAAACUGGAGUAACUCAGCAGGUCAGGCAGCAUCUCUGGGGGAAAGGAAUAGGUGACGUUUCGGCUCGAAACUGAAGAAGGGUCUCGACCCGAAAAAUCACUUAUUCCUUUUCUCCAGAGAUGCUGCCUGACCCGCUGAGUCACUCCAGUUUUUCGUGUCUCUCAAAUGUUCUAAUUCAUUCACCUAUGUUAUCCAUUAGCUAAGCAUGGUUCAUAAAAGUUAGCGGAGAUGAUAUGCUGUACAAAUUCCUCUAAAAGAUUUUUUUUAACAUCAUCAAAUUUCCUCCACCAUUGGCUGGCCUGAGAUAAUUCCCAAUAUUUAGGCAUAAUUUUAAACUUUGGAUGAUAACAAAAUGCCUUUUCAUUCUACAUUCCACCCUACAUGCUCUUAUAUUAACCUCCUGAGGAAAUAGUGGGUCAUUGUGUAAAAUGUAUUCCUCGUCUUAAAUCAUUUGCCAUCUGGUUAAAGGUAACAUUCCACCUUUGGUGUUUUACCUCAGUCUGAUGAAGGGUCUCAUAAGUGAUAGGAGUAGAAUUAGACCAUUCGGCCCAUCAAGUCUACUCCGCCAUUCAAUCAUGGUUGUUCUGUCUCUCCCUCGUCACCCCAUUCUCCUGCCUUCUCCCCAUAACCCCCGACACCUGAAACAUUCCGUAACGUCAUCAACCCUCCCACCCAAUUGGAGGAACAGCACCUCAUAUUUUGCUUGGGCAGCUUACACCCCAGCGGUAUAAAUAUUGACAUCUAAUCUCAAGUAACCCUUACUUUCCCUCUAUGCAUCCCUUCCUCCAUCCCAGUUCUCCCUCGCUAACAUUGGUCAAAUCUAUAUUCCUCCUGAACUUUGUCACAUUUGACGUCUUGUUUUCACACCUUACAUUCUUUAUCCGUCUCCCUCUCCCCUGAAUCUGCCUGAAGAAAGGUCUCGACCCAAAACGGCACCCAUUCCUUCUAUCCAGAGAUGCUGUCUGAGUUACUCAAGCAUUUUGUAGUCUAUCUUCAAUGUAAGGCAGGCACGGGUUAUUGAUAGUGGACAAUCAGCCAUGAUCGCAACGAAUGGCGGUGCUGGCUCGAAGGGCCGAAUGGCCUACUCCUGCACCUAUUUUCUAUGUUUCUAAAUCAGCAUCUGCAUUUCCUUCCGACACCCAUCCCUUCUAUUCCGAGAUGCUGCCUGUCCCGCUGAGUUACUCCAGCAACUUGUGUCCAUCGUUAAGUGUUUUGGAGUUCUGCACCCACAUAGGAUUGGCAGAGUGUGGAAUUGUGCCACUGGUUGCUCUUUACCAAGUUUAGGUGGGACAUUAUUGAGACCACCUUGGCCGGAUGUGUACAAGCACAUCUGGAGAUAGAGCUGUUACAAAAUAAGCAGAGGUGUGCGGUUUUACGCAGCCCUGACACUGGAGUCUAUUCCUCAUCUUUAUCAGUAUUCAAUGAAAAACCCUGAGCCUUCCCAGUAUUGCUCGCUGGUGUUGAUCUUAACUCAAUGAAUUGUGAAUCUUUUAUUCUACUUGAUGCAGGUUUGGGAAAGUUUAAACAUUUUUAAGUUAAGGUUUUUAAAGGGGGGGGAGGGGGGAGGGGAGCUGCGGGAUGUUGUGCAGUGAGGGGGCAAAUGAUGUGGGUCUACUUUGAUGGGUGAGAGAGCAGUGAUGUUGUGCCUGGUUGGUUUUGGCCCUGAGAGAACAGAAGGCACCAAGAUAGAGACAGCAGUACAGACGAGAGUGAAUUCAUCAGGAGAUAACGUCAGAGGCUUGUGAUUCCAGUUGCUGCCGAGUGGUACAAGCCAUGUGGGUGUCCAUUGGGGGCACGAAAAAGUCCCAUUCAGCUACCCUCUCAUUAAACCACCUGUGUACGCUGCUGUGUGGGAAGGAACUCCAGAAGCUGGUUUAAAGCGAAGAUAGACAGAAAAAGCUGUCUGUGUGUGUGUAAGGUAGAAACAAAAAGCUGGAGUCACUCAGCGGGACAGGCAGCAUCUCUG